AUGGAGCUCGAGCAUAAAAUUUACCAUGGAAACCGAAGUAAACAACCAACUGGACUUCCUCGAUGUGCUUGUCAAGAAAAAUGGCGAAAUUUGGAUCACACGGUGUAUCGAAAACCCACUCAUACAGACCGGUACUUGCACAAGCUGUCAAAUCACCAUCCAAGCCAAAAACAGGGGAUUAUCGGAAUAUUAGCAAAUAGGGCAAGACGCAUUUGUGCUAAGGAACACAUCCAAGAGGAACUAAGCCAUUUAAAUAAAGCCUGUCUUGCCAAUGGUUAUAAUGACAGAGAACUAAAGGCGGCGCUGGCACCUAGGCAGAGGAGACCUGAUGUCAAUGAACAGGAAAACACCGUUAAUAAGACCUUCGUUCCAUAUGUUUCCCAGGUCAGCAUAGGAUUGGACUGCUUAAGACCAGCCAAAGAUAAAAGGGAACCAUUAUCCUCUGCAGGGAUCUACCGUAUACCUUGUUUUUGCGGUAGCGUAUAUAUUGGAACUACCAAACGCUCAGUAGGAAUGAGACUUACAGAACACAAGAGAUGCUGCAGAUUAGGGCAAACAGAAAAGUCGGCCGUAGCAGAACAUGCUUUAAGAGAUGGUGACCACAAUAUCCAAUUCGAAGACACCCAAGUCAUUGCCACAACAUCUGGAUCUCAUCCUCGUCUGGUCAGGGAAGCUGUUGAAAUUCACAAACCUCCAAAUAACUUCAACAGGAAGGAAACUUUCUUCCUUAACAGAAUUUAG